AUGCGUGAAAUUGUGGCAGGCACUAUACCAGACGAGAUCGGUGAUCUUCCAAAUUUAGAGUUUUUGUCAUUAGGAGUUAACAAUCUCAAUGGCCUCAUCCCGUCCUCAGUCUUCAAUAUCUCCACAAUGAUAAAACUCUCACUUUCUUUUACUCAGCUAUCAGGUAGCCUCCCAGCAAACAUAGGCCUUGGGCUUCCAAACCUACAAGUCCUUUAUAUAGGAGCAACUGACCUCAGCGGAGUAAUCCCCAACCUCUCCAGUGCUUCUAUGCUCACGGCGCUAGACUUGGGCGAAAACUCAUUUACAGGGUUUAUUCCAACCACGCUAUGUGCCUUGACAAACCUUAAGUUACUUAGGUUAUCAAAGAAUAAUUUGGCGAUUGAUACUUCGACUCCAGAAGCAACCACUCUCUCUUGUUUGGCUAAUCUUAGAAGUUUAACAAAACUAAGCUUGGACGCUAAUCCGUUAAAUGCCACACUUGAUGAUUUCUUUUCGAAUUUCUCUACAUCGACGCUUCAACAUAUUAGUUUAAGAAACUGCAGCAUGAGGGGUAACAUUCCCAUUGGUAUUGGCAACUUAAGCAGCUUGAUAUCCUUAGACCUCGAAAACAAUCAAUUGAGUGGAUCAAUUCCAACUUCAUUAGGAAGACUUGGAAAUCUCCAAGGUAUGAACUUGAAUUACAACAAAUUGCAAGGUUACAUCCCAUAUCAACUUUGUCAACUGUAUAACCUCGUUAACUUACAGUUGGCUAGUAAUCAGCUCUCUGGUUCUAUACCUUCAUGCUUGGGUAAUCUAGCCGCAUCUCUAAGAUAUCUAUCACUAGGGUCCAAUUUGUUGAGUUCCACAAUACCAUCUACUUUUUGGAGACUUGCCUAUAUCUUACAAGUAAACUUAUCAUCCAAUUCUCUAAUUGGACCUCUCUCACAAGAUAUUGGAAACUUGAAAGUUGUCGUAGAGGUAGAUUUAUCAAAUAACAAUUUAUCUGGUGUUAUACCAAGCACCAUUGGCGGUCUUCAGGAUCUAGUUAAUCUCUCCUUGGCAAAUAAUAAUUUGGAAGGCCCUAUUCCAAGUUCAUUUCAAGACUUGCUAAGCCUGCAACUCUUGAAUUUAUCCAGAAACAAUCUAUCUGGAGUGAUUCCCAAGUCUUUAGAAGCUCUGUCACUUCUCAAGUAUCUGGAUUUGUCUUUCAACCGGCUCCAAGGAGAAAUUCCAACGGGUGGACCAUUCCAAAACUUCUCUGCUCAAUCAUUUGUCUCAAACAGCGCAUUCUGUGGUGCACCCCGAUUUCAUGUUCCACCAUGCAAAAAUACUACACUUGAACCAAAUUGGAAGAAAGCUAAAUAUAUCAUCCCAGGGAUCAUAUCAGUAAUUCUACUAGUGGCCUCCAUAUCUAUAUUUGUACUACGCAGGAAAAGAAAUGUGCAAGUUGCAGGAGAGGCUACCUCGUUGCCUCAACUUCUUUGGAAAAGAAUUUCACACCUAGAACUUCUAAAGAGGGGGCUUUCAAGAAGUUUGAUAGGGAAUGUCAAAUGCUAA